CCACCUCGCCCCGCUCACUCCUCGGUGCACCUGCGGCAGGCAGAACGCCAAGCCGGGCCGCAGCCCGCUCCGCCCUUAGCCGCCAUUUGGCGAGGCAGGGGAGCGGCCGAGGGCGGACCCCGGCCGGGGACACCCCUCUGCAGCCAAGCCCUCAGCGGCCCCUUGCGGGCCGGGCUAGUCCCGGUGCUGCUCCCGUGGAGUCGGAGGCCGCCGGGAUCGCUGCGCCUUAUCACUUGGAAAGAGCUGUCAGGAUGGAAGAUAAGGAGGGCAGUUAUGGAAUGGAAGAAGAACAAAAAUCUCCUCUGCCAUUUCUGGAAGAUGGAGGAAAGGAAGACAAAGCUGAGAUGUUCUCCAACGUGGAAGCACACUGGGCAGAAUACAAGCUUGAGGAAGAGUUGUCUGCUGGCAGCAAGACGAGAGACGAGGAUGCUUCUGAAGGAGCUGGAGAUGAAGAAUCUGAUUCCUGCAUGAGCAGCUCAGAACAUGGUUUAGGUGACAUUCAUGACAUUCAGCCUAUGGAGUCUACAGACAGAAUUUCCAUAUUAGCCUUACAGAGGAAGCUGAAAGAGCUCUGUGACCUUGCCAAAGAGAAGGAACUUGCAGUCCAUAAAAGCAGAGACAAGCUGAGUACCUGUCAGCUGCAGCUCAGGAUGCUGGCAAUGCAGCUGGAUUGUUUAGACACUGAAAUGGAGAAAGAGGAGGAGGCUGGCAAUGUUGCAGCCUUAUCCUACCUUCAGGCAGUGCACAGAAGACUGUGCACUGAACUGGAGAAAGAGAAGGAGUUGGAGAUGAAAAUCACUUUGACACUCAAAGAAAACACGCUUGAGAUGUGGCAGGCAGAAACUGAGCAGGGAAAAUAUGAGAUCCUUUAUGAUCAACUGAAAAAGGAUGAGGAUGAGCUGGAGAUGCAGUACCAAGAACGAGCAGAAGUUCGGAUUUGGAAGGAAAAAAUAGCAGCACUGCAAGCAGAAGAAAAACGUCGGUCUAGAGAGAAGAAAGAGGAGGAAGCCCAGAAAGAAUCUGAAGAAAGAUGCAACAAAAUACUUGAAGAUGCCAGAAGGAACCAUGGAAAAGCAGUCUGCUUCCUGAGAAAAAGCCUGGCAAGAAUCCGGGAAAGAAAUGCAAAGGAAGCAGCAAGAGCUCAGGAGCAGAUGGAGAGACGGAGACGAGCUGCGCUCUCCCUGCAAGCCAGCCUGACUUCCAGCAGGGAGAAGCUCCAAGCUCUCCAGGUUCGGAAGAGAGCAAUGGCCUUGGAGGCAAAGAAGCAGGAGAUGGCAAUGAGGGAAGCCAUUCUAGCAGAAGGAGGCAAUGUUGUCAAGGAAAUUCUUCUCCAUAAACGACUGCUGGAGCUUGAGAAGGAGAAACAAGCUUCUAGAGAACUGCAGAAAUCGAGAAAACUUGCAAUUGUAUCUCAGAUUUUACAAGAGAAAGCUGCUCUUGACAAGCAGAAAAGACGUCAGGCCUGCACUAAGGCAGUGCAGGGUGGUGGAAAACAUCAGGCGUCCUCACUGGGGAGAAUAAAAACACAGCACUCUGUUGAGAAGACCUGCAGGCACUCAGCUGGGGCAGUGGCACAGUCACAGCAGUCUCCAUCAGCUUGCCUCUCAGCUGGCGAAAGAACUGCUUCUGCAGGAGAGAUUUCUGAACAAACACCUCAUGGUGUGCUCUGUGGAAGUGGUGAAGAUGAGGAAAGCAAUGACACCCUGCUAGAACCAGAGUUCCCAGGACUUUGGGGUCAGAAAUAUGACUUGCAAAAGAAAUCCAAAGAAGAGCUGGAUGCAAAGCAGCUGGCUACAGGAAUGGUGAAAAAAGCUAUUUCUGAGGAAGACAUGGAGGACUUUCAAACUGGAGCUAGGCAGAUGAUGGCUGGUGGUGCGUGCAGGAAACGUGCUUUCUACAGUAAGCCAAGCUGCAUUCACUUCAAGGAUUUUGACAUUGGUCAAACCUACAAAAAGAAGAUAGCUUUGAUAAAUGCAUCCUAUGAGGCUAAUUCCUGCAGAGUGGUGGGAGUCAACGAGUGGCUGAAGGACUUCAUCAGGAUUCAUUUUGACCCACCUGGCAAAGUUUAUGCUGGAAUGUCCUGUGAAGUAGUGGUAACAUUUAAGCCAAUGACAAAUGAAUCUCUGGAAGGAGAGGUGAUGUUUAUGGCACAGACAGGUCCUUUCUCUGUUCCACUGAAAUGCACAGCCAAGAGAUGCCUUCUGGCACUAGAUAAAGAGUUCAUUGACUUUGGCAGCCAUGAGGUGGGAGAGAGAAUUUCACAGACCAUCAAACUGACAAACAGCGGAGCUUUGGGAACAAGAUUCAGAGUUCAGAUGGCAGCAGGUGACAGCAGUCCAUGCAAAGCAACAGCAAAACCUCCUGGAGCAAUGGUUCCUCCACAUGUCUCUGAAAACAAAGUCAGCAGUACUCCUGUGACACCUGUGGUUGAAAAGGAACAAAUCUCUCCUGACCAUAGUGAAGAAGCGACCUGCUGUGUAGCCCAGGUGGAGCAGCAGACUGGGACAAGCCUGAACAGCAGUUCCAUGGAACAACUUGGUCAAGAUGUGUUAUGUUCCAGAUCAGCUGAAGACACAGACAGUGCACAGAACUCAGUGGCACUUUCUCCUGAAGACACACCAAUGGAAAUCAUUCUUGGAAAGGUUACUGAAGGUGAAAUUGGAGCCUUCAGCUCAGUCAAGCUUCCCAUCAUCUUUGCCCCAGCUCUCCCUGGGGACGUGCGGGCAGACUUUGUGAUCAUCUUUGACAACUCAGACUGCAAACCACUGUACUUCAGUGCUGUUGGAGUUUCUCUGGACAUGCCAGUUUGGGUGCCCAGUCCCAGUGUAGACCUGAAGAUCUGUAGGUAUGACCAACUUUAUGAGGACUGCGUCAUCAUCCGGAGCAGGGCAAAAUCCAUGCUGCAUUUGAAGUUUGAAGUGUGCAAAGAAUUGAGAAAGCACAUGGAGCUGCACCCCAAAACAGGCUACAUUCAAGCUCAGUCAUCCUUCACUGUGCAGCUGAAGUUCCUGCCCAGGCACUCUCUUUCUGAAGAUGCAGGGAGCUAUUUUAAUGAAGACACAGGAGUUCUGGAAGUUCCAGUGACAAUACUGCUGGUGGACAAGGCAAAAAAAGUGAAUUUUACUGUCCAUGCAAUUGUUACCACUUCUGAUUUGGAAAUCAGCCCAGCACAGAUCAGUUUUGGGUACUGCACAAUCUAUGAGGCCGUGCAGGCAAACAUCAGGCUAACAAACAAAUCCCUCUUGCCACAAGAGUUUGGCUUCGUGGGACUUCCAGAGUUUGUAGAAGUUCAGCCCAAUGAUGGAUUUGGAGUUCUUCUUCCCCGUGAAAGCCUGACACUGGACAUCAUCUUUAAAGCCAACAAGGCAAAGGAGUACAGCUUUGGACUCACCUGCAGAUCAGAGUUCAAUAGACAAUUCAAGCUGUCAUGCAAAGCAGUUGGAGUCCACCCACCUCUUGAAUUGUCUCAUUCCUUGGUUCAGUUUGCUGCAACAGCUUUAAAUGAUGUGUCUACAGCAACACUCCAUGUGAUCAAUUCCCAUCAGAGUGGCAAACACUUGACUCGUGCUGGCCCAAGGAGUAGCGAUGGGGAAGCUGCCCCUGCUGGACCUGCUUCCUUUGAGUUCUGUGUGCCAGAAGACUGCCCAGUGAGCAUUACACCUUCUGUUGGAACUGUGUUGCCUGGGAAGAAAAGCUCCAUUCAAGUGUCCUUCAGACCAACACUGUCAGAUCAGCUAAUCAGAGAAGAGGCAGUUCGGAGGCUUCACGGAGCAGCUGCGACCAGGGCAGAAAUACAAAAAAAGAAGGAAGAGGGAAAGAAAUUAAGCAUUUCCAUCUCCAGACAGCAGUCAUCCCAACAGCUCCUAAAGGCUGGAGGCAGUAAACACCUAACUUCUCUGUGUAGUUCUGAACAACUACAAUCUGAAGAGUUAACACCAGACUCUGAUGCGUACAUGACAGCCCAGGCUCUCCUGAUGAGGGAUUUCCGUGGGAGGUUUGAGAAGUACAUCAUACCAUGCUUUGUGGCAAGUGGAUGUAUUGAUGAAAAGAAAGGCUCUGAAAAGCUACACUGCAGCCCUCACAACACUUUGUACUUGGAGUUGCACUGCCCAGCUGUAGCACCAUCUGUUGUGGUCACUUCAGAGAGCAGGAAGAACACCAUUGAUUUUGGGGAUGUUGCAGUAGGCCACAUCACGAUGAAGGAAAUUCCAAUAGCCAAUAUCUCCCUGGAGAGUCUGGAACUCAGAUUCUCAGUUCUGAAUCCAAAUGGCCCCUUCCUCGUGGUCAGACCAGUUGGAAUGCUUGAGCCAGGGGAAAAUAAACCUCUUGUCAUCUCUUUCCAUCCAGAUGAGAGCAAACAGUUCUUUGACACACUGGACAUCCAGACAGCAAAAAACAAUCUGACCCUCAAGAUCACUGGUCAUGGGGUGAUGCCAUCAACUGUUUGCUCUGUGGAGGGAGUCCUCAAUCUGGGAUAUGUCCUAGCUGGACAGAAGGUGACUUCCACAUUCAAGAUCCAGAACACUUCCACACUGAGCCUGUGGUACUCCAUGCGGCUCGAUUCACUUUCACCAACGAGGGACAGAGAUCGGCAGAAGCUCCCAAACUUUCUUACCUCCUCUUUGCAAAGAACAGAGACUGUUGGCACACAGAACUAUAAUGGCCUAAGUGUGUUCAGCAUCUCUCCAACAGAAGGAGAACUUGCUGCUGGGAAGAGUCAGGACUUUGUUGUCACUUUCAGUCCUGAUCAUGAAAGUCUGUACUACUCUGACCGACUCAAGAUUGUGCUCUUUGGCAAGAAAGUGGCCCACGAGAUCCAGCUAAAGGGUGCAGCAAGAGAUCAUCCAAUGUUUGUGGAAGGGGGAGUUCCUCUGGAUGUGCCUGUGGAGUCCUUGGCUGUAAUAUCUCCUGUGUUGCUGCGGGAAGCACCAAAAGGAGAGCUACAAGAACCAGUGAAGUCCAUCCUCCUGAUGCUGGAGUACAUAGAGGGAGAGAGUUCUCCAGUGCCAGCAGUGACAGAACUGCAAGUUGGAGCUAUACAGACAGCUCAGUUUGCAUCCAAGAAGAACGUGGAGUUCAGCCUGGACAACCUGCCGCUGCUGCAGCAGAAGGGCUUCACUGUGAGCGUCGCGAAGGGAACGGUUGAGCCCGGGCGAGUGAAGCGGAUCGGUGUCUCUUGGUUGCCACCUGCUGACUUCGGUGCUGAUGACCCUCUGCUAGUGCCAGCCCUCCUGACGUUGAAAGGUGACAUUAAGGAAUCUUACCGAAUCCUCUUCAUGGCAAAAGUUGUGUCUGCACAUGCUCCUGCCACCUGAGGUGAGCAAGCCACGUGGAAAGGAGGAUGGAGGCUUCAUCACUGAGAAGUCACUGGGGCUUGGUUGAAACGUGGAGAGACUUGGAAAUUGAUGUAAAUAUGCAAGGGGAGCAGGGAGGUGGGAAGGAGGGUGGUAAUGUGUGAAAUUUCUGCUCAUUUCCCCCCAAAAUACUAAGUGCUGGUUCCAAAAAUUAUAUUUUCAAGCUGUCACAGUGAUCUUGUGGUAGAAGAAUAGGUGAUGGGCCCAAGUGGAUACCUCUGCUGCUAAUGACAGAGGUUGGCAUUCCCUCAUGGGAGUGUCCUCCUUACAUCUGCAUGAGUGAGUGCCAAGCAACUUGUCUUUUUUUUUCCAGUUUUCCAGCUGCAUUUUAAUGGAUUUGGAAAAUCUUGGACUUUUUCCCUCCUAAGACUGCAAUAAAGCAGCUUAUCCAAGUCUC